AUGUCAUCAUCGCCAUCAUCAUUACCAUCAUUAUUGUUACCACCAUUAUCAUCAUCAUUACAUCAUUAUCAUCAUCAGCGUUAUCAUCAUUUUUAUCAUCGUCAUCACCAUCAACAUCACCACAUUAUCAUUAUCAUCACCACUAUCAUCAUUACAUUAUCAUCAUCAUCAUCAGCAUCGUUAUCAUCAUUGUUACCAUCAUUAUCACCACAUUAUCAUCAUCAUCAUCAUCAUCACUGUUAUCAUCGUCAUCAUCACCACCAUCAUCAUUACAUUAUCAUCAUCACCAUCGUUAUCAUCAUUGUUAUCAUCAUUAUCACCACAUUAUCAUCAUCAUCAUCACUGUUAUCAUCAUCAUCAUCAUCACCACCAUCAUCAUUACAUUAUCAUUAUCAUCAUCAUCAUCACCAUCGUUAUCAUCAUUGUUAUCAUCAUUAUCACCACAUUAUCAUCAUCAUCAUCAUCAUCACUGUUAACAUCAUCAUCAUCAUCACCACCAUCAUCAUUACAUUAUCAUUAUCAUCAUCAUCACCAUCACCAUCGUUAUCAUCAUCGUUAUCAUCAUUAUCACCACAUUAUCAUCAUCAUCAUUACAUUAUCAUCAUUACCACUUGUGGUAAUGGUGAUAAUGAUACUAAUAGUGAUAGCGAAAGUGAUAGUGAUAGUGGUAGUAGCGAUAAUGAUGGUGAUAGUGGCAGUGAUAGCGAUAGUGAUGCUGAUAGUAACAGUAACGAUGGUGAUAAUGUUGAUGAUAGGGGUAGUGACAGUCAUAGUCAAAGUCAUAGUGAUAGUGAUGGUGAUAGUAGCCGUGACAAUGAUAGUGACUGA